GACGAGGCGAUGCGCGGGUAAAGCAGACGUAACAAAGCACCGACAGCUUCCGAGCGUAUAGACGAAGGCGAAUCGAAUGUACUGUCCUGGUAGUCGAAGUUAGUCCUAUGACCGUCGUCUUGUGAUAGGUCGGCCUCAGAUACGUGUCCUCGAGAGGUACCUUGGGGAUAUGGCUAUCGGCUCCGACCAUUGAGAACGGUCGCGGAAAGGACAACACAUGGUAUUGAUGUCGAGGACACACAGUCACGCCCGCAUCGGCUCACAAAGUCACCGCCUACGACCCAACCGGGACCUUCCAGGACGUCGCUGGGCUGCCCUCGAUUAUGGGUGCCACCCAAACGUGGUCCUCUUGCCGUUCUUCUGGAUGCCUUCCUGCUCUACGACGUGCAUCGUUGCCAUCUUCUUUGGAGUCGCCAGUACAUGGGAUUGUGCAGCGCCCUCCACAGACUCAGUCACGGAUCCCCGUCUUGACAGGUACAGUCCGUCGCCUAGGGAAAGCCAGGGACAUACGAACCAACAUACCCUUCGCGCCCGCUCCCGUGAUCUUGUACGCACAGCUCGCCGACGGCGCGUGCACUCAUCCAGAUGCGAAGAAAACCCGCUCGAAAGAGACACCCCGAGGGCCGGCCUUUCCUCGCGUAUACGCAAUCCGCGGGGUAUAUGAUCGCUCGUACCCCAGACGAACAAGCUCCGCUUGACCGUCCCCAUCCCCUCCCCCGCAAGGAGACAGGCGCGCAAGCGCAUACGCGCCCAGCAUGCCCAACAUGGCGCCGUCACGUCCACUUCCGGAAUGGACCAUCGUGGACUUCAUUCACAGAGGGUACUGGUGGAAGAACAGAGGGAUAUUGAUGUUGAACCUGUGUCUCAUCCUUCC